AAGCACCCUUGACGAUCGUUUGCGCGCCAACUCCGAACGUGUGAUCUGUGUUGUUGAAAGCUCUUAGAUACGAUUGAUGUCUUCCUAUUUUUCAAAGAAACACUCCUAUGUUCGCUCGACAUGAUCACAUUUUCCAAGAUAGAUGUCAUGACGUUUUAUGUGGGGAAAAACUAGCCGUGGAUUAAUCGUUUGAAGCAAUGAAAAUAAGUUUAGAAUAUACCUAAAGUUGGUAUUUCUUGACUUGGACCGUAAACAAAUGGGUAUCCAACUGUUGUGAUUGAAGUAUUGUAUCGUAUUUCUAAUCCAACAGGACAAUGCUGUCAUCUAAAGCUGGAAAUGACUUCAAUUCCGAAAUAUUGUAUGAUAUUGACAACAUUUCAAAUAUUUCCAAUACAAGCAUAACCAAUGUUGACUACAUGGACCACCAUCGCCAACGAUCUGAGAGUUUUGGCAGUGACAAUACUGAUGCUCUACUUAAUGCAUCUUUUCAUGAAUUUGAUGAUGAUCAACCACUCUUUGUCAACAAGUCAAUAGUAGGUGCAGAGACUGGGACCAACCAAAGCCUCAAAUAUGGUUCCUCUUCAAAAGAAGGGACAGUUGUGAGUACUUAUGGUUAUGAUGGCACAUCAGAAUAUUUGAAAUCUGAUGAAAAGGUUACUGGUGCUGAAGUUUGGAAGAAUAAUGGGUAUGGGCUUGAGAAAAGUAUGAUCAAUUACUCUGAUGAACAUUUAAAGCAUUUGGAUGGUGUUGACAACUACGGUUUACAUUUCCCAUCAGUUAAUAAGAAAAUUGAGCAAAUGGAUAAAAGUUAUAUGUCAAACACCAAUUUGAUAAUGAACGGACGGGAAUCUGUAAUUAAAAGCCCCAACAAUCAUCAUAAAUUUGAUACUGAAAAAUCUCAACAAUAUUUGACUCACUCAAAUAAACGAAGCAAUGUAAACAUAAAUUCUGAUAAUAUUAUGUCAAAAUCAGAAAGUUCAGCACAAAGCAGGUUCCACCAAAAUAUUGGUGCGAGUGAAACCCAUCUCAAACACAUGUUCAACCAUGACACAUCAGCCCAAAGUCAUCAUGACGUACAUGAUGGGAUCCAUGGUGAUAAUCCAUAUACUCACUUGGUUGAAAUUAAAAAUAGAGAUUUCCAAAGUACUGACAGGUUUGGACAUGGUCAUACUAGAAACACUUAUGGAUAUGAUGCUAUUAAUGGCAAGGAUGGAUGCCCACUACCCCAACAUGAGGAGCAUAUUGGUCAAAGAAAGUUUAGGAGCAGUAAUAUGCAAGAUUGUACAAAUGGCUGUCUUGGAGACAUUGAUCCUCACUUCGGAAAACAUUACUAUGAGUUUAGGUGUAGAGAUAACGAUGGAACAGGCCAGGAUUUUAGUGAAAACCAUUCCCAUAAAGAUGGCCACGAAAGAAGCAAAAAUAGAAAUGACGACGAUAGUCAUACCAACAUACUUAAGAAGCGCGAUUUAACCAUGAAUAACUCCAUGAAAAAAAAUGAACUGGGUGAAGAUUUGAACUCGUUGACCAAGAGCACGUCUGCAGUAGACAUUGCGUCUUUACUUGAUGAAAAUUUCGUCGAUUAUGAUAUUGCACAGAAGAGACGCUCUAAAAAUUUCGAAAGCUUAAAGAGGAAUUCGUUUGGAAAAAAGGCGAAGAAUAAUGAGUUAUUGUUGUUGGGAGUAAAACACGAUCCUUACACAAACGAGCUUUACGAUGAUAAAGUGAAAGAGGGAGCAGAUUUAUUAUCCAAAAUCCUUGGCCAAAGUGAUCACAACUCCUCAUUAAAUUCUCACAGCUCUCGAAGCAGCGACACAAUUUCAAGAAGUAAAUCUUUCUUGGACAACGCAACCUUGAAAAAACGUCAGUACGCAGACUCGUCAAUCCAAAGCGAAAUCUUAAUACUUCCCAGAUCAUCCUCACCCAAGAAACAAACUGAUGUUGAAUACCAAGAUGACUUGAAGCAUUCAAAGUUAGAAGCACAGACGCUGCUCUCGGACAAAGAGAUUGCCAAACAAGAACUGCAAAGAACUCAAGACUCCAUCUCUCGAAGUAAAGAGAACAUUAUUUUUUCAAAAAGUUUGGAUGAGCAAUACCGCUGGGAACCUACGCCAGACCGAAAUGAAUUGGUAGAGCUUAACUGGAAAAAAACACAUUUGCCAGACGAAUAUUCAACUCCGGAAGAAACAAUCAAUAAAACGAAGCGAAAAGAGGCUAAGAACAACGAGGUCAUUUUGUUUGGUCGAAGUAAAGACGAGAUACUUCAAGCUCUUAACGAUCAAGAACGACUUAGGCGGAAGUUGGAAAUCAUCGAAACGGCCUUACAGCAAGAAAAGACUACGAGAAAGAUAAUUGAGGGCGAUCUUUGUGAGAAAACACCACUCUUAGACGGUGCAUUGAAAAAUCAAGAACACGAGAACGACAGAGCGCUACAGCGCUUACGAGAGGAACAUAAAUUUGAAAUCGAAAGAUUUCAAGAAAACGUUACCAGAGAAAAGACUAACUGGAAGCAGGAGAACGAGAGUAUCGAAUUGAAAAAGAGACAGUUGGAAAAAUUUGUUUUUGAUAAAAACAAAGAGUUGGAUGAAUAUAGAAAACAAAUUCGCGAGGAAAAACAGAAGAAUGUCGACAAAGAGAAACAUCACAGGUCACAGCUGGAAAGCGAGCGACAACAUUAUGAAAUUAAACUGGAUGAACAGGAAAGAUCUUGGAGAGAACGCGAGAAGAAAUUACUUGAUCAGCAAAGUCGACAAGAAAACUUACUUGAUGAGCGCGAUCGUGACUUACGUAGAUUGGAAGAACGCUGCAAAUCACAGGCGGAUGAACUGCAAAAUAUAAUAGAGAGCAAAAAUGAUGAAAUAAAAAUGGUUCGGGGUCUUGUUCGACAACAAGAAGAUGAAACACGAGCACUCGGGGAGAGAUUAAGGACUGAGGCGAGAACAUGUUCGAAAUGCAGUGGAAAACGAAAGGCAUUCUUUGAACGAAGAACGACAACGUCUAAGGAAAACAGUUGACGAAGAAAAA